AAGUAACAGAGAGGUCGGUGGAAGACGAUGGUGGAGAGCCGUAAGAGAGGAAGAGAAGCUCCGGCGAUAGGAAUCGAUCUCGGAACCACUUACUCUUGCGUUGCAGUUUAGCAGCCGCAGAACAACCGCGUCGAGGUCAUCGCCAACGAUUUAGGCAGCCGUACGACGCCGUCUUUGGUUGCCUUCGACGACGUUCAACGCCUCAUCGGCGAAUCUGCCCAGAACCAGGCCCUACUCAAUCCCUCCAAUACCAUCUUCGAAGUGAAGAGACUGAUUGGCAGAAAAUUUGAUGAUGCAAUGGUGCAGAACGACUUGAAGCUCUGGCCAUUCAAAGUCACAGCUUGCCCAGAUGGUGGCAGUGGAAAGAAGCCUAUGAUAAUGGUGACUUGCAAUGGUGAAGAGAAGCAAUUUGCUGCCGAGGAGAUAUCUUCAAUGAUCCUCCAAAAGAUGAAGAUUAUUGCUGAGGCAUAUCUAGGCAAACAAGUAAAGAAUGCUGUUAUUACUGUUCCUGCCUACUUCAAUGAUGCACAACGUCAAGCUACAAAAGAUGCCGGUAUCAUUGCUGGGCUUAAUGUCUUGCGUAUCAUCAAUGAGCCCACAGCUGCUGCAAUCGCCUAUGGUUUGGACAAGAAAGGAUCUGCAAGUGGUGAUCCUGCUGUAAAGAACAUACUGGUCUUUGAUCUUGGCGGUGGGACUUUUGAUGUCUCUAUUGUCAGGUUGGAGAAGGAUGUUUUUGAAGUCAAAGCAGUUAAUGGAGACACACACCUUGGCGGAGGGGAUUUCAAUAAUAGAAUGGUGAGCCACUUUGUAGCUGAGUUUGAGAGGAAACACAAGAAAGACUUGAGUGGAAACCCUAGGGCUUUAGGGCGGUUGAGAGCGGCUUGUGAAAGGGCCAAGAGAAACCUCACAUCAGCUAUUGAAACGUCCAUUAGCAUUGAGUGUCUCUUUGAGGGCAUUGAUUUCUCUUUGAGCAUAAGCCGUGCGCGGUUUGAGAAAAUGAAUUUGGAUCUGUUCAAAGAUUGCAUGGAACUAGUUGAAAAGUGUAUAAAGGAUGCCAAAAUGGAGAAGGGGGACAUUCAUGAUGUUGUUAUGGUUGGUGGGUCCACCCGGAUCCCUAAGAUUGAGGAACUGUUGCAAGAACUCUUCAAUGGAAAGAAGCUGUGCAAGAGUAUAAACCCAGACGAGGCUGUUGCCUGUGGAGCAGCUUUUCAUGCUGCAUCCCUCACUGGUGCUUGUUUAGGUGUGAAUAAGGAUGUUGUGCUUGUCGAUAUUGCUCCAUUAUCUCUUGGGAUUUGGGUGCAUGGCGGUGAUAUGUCUGUUGUGAUUCCGAGGAAUACUACCAUCCCUACAAAGAUGACAAAGCACAAUUACUCAACUGUUCAUGACAACCAAACAGGUGUUCGGUUUCGGGUGUUUGAGGGGGAAAUGCCACUAGCACAUGACAACAAUUUCCUGGGCGAAUUUUCCCUCCACAACGUUCCUCCAGCACCCAAAGGUGUUGCUAAGUUUGACGUUGAUUUUGAAAUCGAUGCCAAUGGCAUCUUGACCGUGUCUGCAGUACUAGUUGGCAGCAACAAUAGAGACCAGAUCACUAUAACCGAUCACAGUGCUAGGUUGUCAAAGGCGGAGAUUGAUCGGAUGGUGAAGGAGGCCGAGGAUUACAAGGCUCAAGAAGAGAAGCGCAAGAAGGCAGCCGUGGCUAAACAUGCUCUAGAGAGUUACAUUUACCACAUGAGGGACAUUUGUAGGGGAAAUAGGGUAGGGAUGAAAGACAGGAUAGCUUUGAGAGAUGCAAUUGAGAAGACGGUCCAAUGGUUGGACUGGAAUAACGUUCUCGAUGAUUCUACCAAGUUUGAGGAGAAGAAGAAGGAGCUCGAGGUCUUAUGUAAGUCUGUCAAAACCUGUGUCAAGCCUGAGAUUAUUGAGAUAUUGGACUGACAGUGGCAGAUGCUAUAUAUAGAGGUUUGAUGUCUUUUUGCACGUCUAUGCCAUGGGCUAGGCAUUAUGGGUAGUUGUUUGGUCUUUUUAUUUGUUUAGGGAGAUUAGCGUUCAGAUGGACGAAGUAAGAAGAUGAACAUGGCUAGGUUUUGUUUUUUGGAAAGCAUUUUAUUUAUUUUUUGUUUUAAUGCUAUUUCGAGUAUAAACAGUGUUUGUACAU